AUGGCGUUGGUUGGACAAAGCCUUAUGGAUGAUGCAGUGGAUGACUGCGAGUUGAUCCCUGUGGCUUUAGUAAAUGACCACCACUUCUGGGCCUUGAAACCUGACGAAGCUGAAAGCAAAGAGGAUGACCACGCAGGUCUUGCCGAGUACCCAACAAGUGCAGGCAUCGACCCUUGGCUUGAACAUGGAGCAGUUCAGGAGAUGCAACUCAUUGAGUGCCUUUCAUCUUGGAAGCCGUUUGAUGAACCAACGCAUGAUUUGGUUGAAGUCUUCACUGCGCUGUGUGAUGCUGGCGCGGCCUCGAGCUCUGACACAGCACGCGCCCGGCAAAUGGCUUUAGCUGAGCUGUCAAAACAAGAUCAAGCCUACCUUGCUCUCCCCCAAGAGAAGAAAUACCAGCGCGCGGAGCGGGCACUUCGCGCCUGCAAAUCAAUCCUUGGUUCUGAUUGCCCCAUGUUGUUCAACCAAAGCCGUGCAGCUCGCAUGAGACACUCUUUGCGAUUCCAAGCCUACUGUGACUUAGCAAAUAUCAGCAAGGCAAUCAGCGAAGAAUGUUCCAAAGGAAAAGCCUCCCACGAAUGUCUGUGUCUUUUCAGGCAGACACCGCAGCUUGUGAGAAAUUUUCGGAUGCUUUGGGCCAGCUUGCCAAAGCCUGAACGUUUUGAGAAACUCAUCAAGUUCAUGAAGGACACAGAAGGUCACACAAGCACAUUUCGUUUCUUGGGGGUGUCUGUGUGCCAGAAAGCAUUCCAACUGUUGACGGGUGUCUCUUCCAAAGUGCUGCAGAACGCCCGGGAAGCAAUCCAAAAGAGACAAGAUGCACGAGCCUGGCUGGAGAAGCACGCUGAGCUGUAUGGUGAGCAAUCACCAAUGACAGGAUGCACAUAUCUUCCAUGGGGUCGCAGAAGUGAAUACUAUGCCCUCUACCUUUUUGAGCGGUCCCUAGAUGGGGACUUGGCCCAUCUGGAUGGCCAGGCGGCCGACCAGAAGACUUUCAUGGCAGCAUGGCGGUGUGAGGCAUUCCAUGUGCAGAUCGCUUCUCGCACCAGCAUGUUUGUGGCUUGUGCUGCCUGCAAGUUCUUGCAAGGUUUGAUAGCAGGAACUGGUCGUGAGCAGGAUGCUUUGCUUCAAGCUCUUCGGUAUCGGCUGGGCAGACAUUACUCCUUCCAAGCUAGCCAAAGGCUGGCAGAUGAGAAACUCAUGGAAGGGGCAAGGCGGUCAAUUCCGCUCAUGAAAACUGGGCACGUCAUGGUCAUCGGGCUGGUGGCAUCCAUUUGGUCUGGCACUGGUGGCCAUGACGACUUGACUUUCACCACUCUCUGGGAAGAUAGCAAGCAUGGUGGGAAUAUGCAGUCGAGCCUGCUUUUCAUGAACCUACAUUCCAAAUGUGUUCAGACCAACAGCGUCCCUGAGAGUGUGAUCUUGAGCGCCGACAACACUGCGAAAGAGGCAUUUUCACGUGUGAAGGCUGCACUGCUUGGCAAGAGUUAUUUGUCAGAACCUGACAUGGCCAAGAUCAUCAUGGACUCUCUACCAAGCUACAACAUUCGUUGGAAUCACUUGGCGGCAUCUCUCAACUUUGAAGGUCUUCGGUCACUGCUGGGCAUAGAUUGCCACAACCUGAGAAAUGUGCAUGACCUUGAGCUCUUCAGGUCGGAGGGUGGAAUUUUCUGCAGAUGGAAGCAGUACAUGAGUGAUGAUGUUUGGUCAAAGCCUCGGUUGCUAGUACGUCCAGAGCACAUCCAUGUUGUGGCAAAGGCUGUGCCGGACCCAAUCCAACACUCUUUCUCUGACACUCAAAAAGCGAAGUUCGAAGACUUCUUGAACAAAUUUGAGAUGCUGAUGGCUUCAACCAACAUGCUGGGAGAGAAAGAGAGGGAAGGCAUGAAGUGGCUGAAAAAACACACAUCCACUGACAUGGGUUACGAGAUGCCGCUGAAGCAAAUGAUCUCCGAAAUUGAGAUGGCAAACCGUGGAACUGCGUGCAGAACUAUGGUGGACACUCUCCACGAAGUGCCUUCUGACAUUCUGUACGCCAACUGCCCAGGAGCUGACAUUCCAGGCCUUCCAUUGGAAAGCUUGAUGACGGUGGAGACCACCCAUGGAUCAGAGAAUGUUAUGCCAGCUCUUGACCUGUGCUGUGUCAACAUGGACUUCGUGAUUGUGAAGCAUAAGUACGGGAAGCUCAAGUUCGUUCUCGGCCAAGUGAUCGACAUAGACCAUGAAGAGCAGUCUGCAAUUGUCGAGUGGUGGCAUCCUGAGAUGGCCAAGGAGGCCAGCAUGCGUCAAGGAAGGAAACGUCAAAUACUGGAUGUUUUUGGACCGUGGGUCCCCAGCGAACAAGUGGUCGUGCAAAACCUGGAGCCAUUGCCCCCGUCGGUGAUCAGCUCGGAAAAAAUCCUCUUGUGGGGGUUUGAGCUUGAAGAAGAGAACAAACUUCCCUUUUCCGUCUUUGACCGCCUCAUGGAAGAUGGCAUUGAUGUCACUGGUUUGACCAUUUCCAGCACGUCCCGGGGAAAUUUGUACAGAGCCCACCGGCUGAUGAAGCAUUGA